AUGGACGAUCCCCUCGGAGAAGAUGAAUGUGCCCAGUGGAAACGGUGGUUGGAAGAUCUUUCAAAGUUGUGUGAAAUACGCGUGAAACGGUGUUUCAAACCUGAUGAACUCGGCGAUAUUGUGGAGAUACAACUACACCUUUUUUCCGACGCAUCGAGAGUUGGAUAUUCGGCAGUCGCAUUUCUUCGUCUUACUGACAAUAAAAAUCAAAUAUACUGCGCGUUCGUUAUGGGGAAAGCUCGAUUGGCACCUAACCGUGAAAUUUCUAUCCCUCGGCUGGAACUGACAGCUGCCGUUAUAUCAGUGAAAUUAUCAAAGAUAAUACGAGACGAGUUAGAUUUGGAAAUCGGAAGAAUUUCUAUUGGACAGACUCUACAUCUGUUCUAA